AUGUGGUUCGGGCAGCUCUCUCUACUUGCCGCCGGGCUCGCGCCCGUGCUCGUCUCGGCGGAUGUUUUCAGCUUAUCUGGGUUGGAUUGGACGCUCAAGAACGAGAAUGGCUCGAUUGUCAUACCCGCUAAGAUUCCUUCUCAAGCGCACCUCGACCUUCUUGACGCCGGCAUAAUCACAGAACCCCUCUUGGGCAUCAACGAUUUCACGCAGCGGUGGAUCGUUAACGACAACUGGACGUACACAGCUGACAUCUCGCCCUUGACCCAACAUCUUACGAACGACGCGAGGGCGCUUCUUGUUUUCUACGGCAUCGAUACUAUUGCGAACAUCACCGUGGCUGGAAACUCAGUCGCGUGGGUGGACAACCAAUUUCGGCAAUAUGUCUUCGACGUUACGGAUCUCGUUCUCUCGCCUGUGAACAAUGAUACGAACGUUACUGUUGCCCUUGAGUCGGCCUGGUACUAUGGACUCAACGUCACCUCUCGUCCGGAUGCCGAAAUCUCUCCGACUGGCGAUUUCGAAUAUCCAGGUGUCCGUCAGUGGAUCAGAAAGACCCAAUCCGACUUCGGCUGGGACUGGGGCCCGGCAUUCGUCCCCAGUGGCAUCUUCAAGCCCGCAUACCUUGUGACGCUCGUAUUCCUCGAGGAGACCUCACUCGAGAUCUCAAAAGUCGGUCAGACCUCCAUCCUCAGGGCAAACCAGUUCGCCAAUUGGCUCGUCACCGUCACCCUCGCCGUUCGCUCCGUCGUCUCCGCCAAUUCACCCACCAUCACCAUCGCCAUUCCCGAGCUGAAUGUGACCUCGGGUCCUCUUCUAGUCAGUGCUAUCCCCGCCGGGACGAAUGCGUCUACCGUCGUCAGUGCAAGUUUCACGGUGCCCGAUAGCGUACCGCAGCGCUGGUUCCCGCACAACCUCGGCACGCCCCAGCUGUACAAUUUCACCAUCACAUUGGCGCUCGGUAACGAUCCGAGUAGCCCGCGCGCGAGCUUCACGACGCGGAGCGGGUUCCGAACCAUCGGGCUCAUUCAGACGCCGUAUUCGCAGGAUGAGAUCGACGUGCGGGGGAUCACGCCUGGGGACCAGUGGCACUUUGAGGUGAAUGGGAAGGCGUUCUACACGCUCGGGACGAACAUCAUCCCGUUCGACCCGUUCUAUGCGCGCAUGACGUCUGCGCAGGUCAGGUGGGUGCUCGAGAGCGCGGUGCUCAGCGGGCAGAACAUGCUGCGGGUCUGGGGCGGCGGGAUCUACCAGCCGUCGGACGAGCUGACGGGCGGAUACGACUUCUACGCGGUGUGCGACGAGUUGGGCAUCUUCGCGUGGUCGGAGCUCAUCUUCUCGGACGCGCUUUACCCCAUCAAUGACUUCCUCCUCGAGAACGUCGAGCCGGAGGUCCGCCAGAACAUCAGGAGGAUCAACCGUCAUCCUAGCAAUGCGCAGUGGGCUGGUGGGAACGAGAUCGAGGGCAUCGUCAUUGGCGUGAACACCUCGUUGGCGAAUGGGACGCAUUAUCUGAACGAGUUCCAAACGCUCUUCGGUGAGCUCUUGCAUGACAUAGUAUUGGAGGAAGAAUCUUCGGUCGCCUAUACGGACUGUUCGACUACCAGCGGUGUCCUCAGUCUGGAACCCUACGUGAUCCGGUACAACAACAAGACGGCGGGCGACAUCUACGGAAACUCUGAACGCUAUAACUACGACCCCUCCGUCGCCUUCGAUUACACCACUUACCCCGUCUCAAGGUUCGUGAACGAGUUCGGCUUCCACUCCAUGCCCUCGUUCUACAGCUGGGAAGAGGUCCUCGAGAACCCCGAAGACUUUUCCUUCAACUCGACUGUCGUUGCCUCCCGUGACCACCACCCGCCUGCCGGCUCGCUCGCGUGGCCCAAUCCGAACGCAAACCAAGGCCAGGCACAGAUGACCGAGGCCGUUCAGCUCUGGCUGCCUACGCCCAACACGACAGACAAGAACCAGACGUUCGCGCAAUGGUGUUGGUCGACACAGGUGUUCCAGUCUCUGAACAUGAUUUCCGAGAUCGCGUGGUAUCGCCGUGGUGCCGGAUUGGGCGAGAACAACCUGGGCUCGCUCGUAUGGCAGCUGAACGACAUCUGGCAGGGCGUGAGCUGGUCGUCGAUCGAGUACUCGGGAAGGUGGAAGGUCCUCAACUACGGCAUGGCGAGCAUCUACUCGCCCGUCACUAUCUACCCGUUCUGGUACGCUGGCAACGAGACGCUUGACGUGCUUGUUACGUCCGACCGGUGGGAGACGGUGAAUGGCACGGCACAGCUGACGUGGUAUGACUGGAGCGGGAAUGCGCUCAAUUCGAGCAGCGUGCCGUUCGAGGUCCCGACGCUGAACAACUCGCUCAUAUACUCGGCCUCGGGCUUGAACGCGAUCCUACCUUCUGGCAAGAACGCGUCGGACGUGUUCCUGCUCUUGAACGUGACCGCCGCGGUGAAUAACAAGACUGUAACGCAGGAGUCCUAUUUCACCCCAGCUAGCCUCGCAUCGGCCAACCUUGUCGACCCAGCAAUUGAGCUGACGUCCGGCGAUAAUCUCACCUUCACGCUCUCGGCGAAAGGUGGUGUUGCGGCUUUCGCAUGGCUCGAUCACCCCUCGGGCACCGUUGGCUACUUCCAAGAUAAUUCGACUGGUCUUCCUGCGAACGGUUUCUAUCUCGUACCCGGCAUUGACCGUAUAUGUGAGUCCUACAAAGCUAUGCCACCAUAG